AGCGCAUUGGUUUCGCGCUUUCGCGAGCGUGCAUUCAUUUUGAUUGAGGAGGCUCCUCGGCUGCUGCAGGCCGCCGAGUGCUCGAACGUGCUGCACCCUUCAUCACUGCAGGCACCCCCUUCCUGGCUUUUGCACGCACGAGCACAGCCACCUGGAGGCUGCUACCGUGUCGUGCUUGCCUCGCACUCGGCCUGCUGGGAGCACCCUCGGCGGCGGUGCGCCGGCGGCGCUAGCGUGGCGCUGCCAGCUCGCGCUGCUGCACCGCCAAGAUGAGCAGCAACCCCGCCUCCGAUGAGCAGUAUGAGAAGGUAUGGGAGCAGGUGGAGGCGAUGCCGCCGGAGCAGCAGAAGCAGCUGCGGGCGCAGGCCCUGGACCAGCUGCUGCGUCGUCGCCGGGUCAUGGUGGACGGCAAGGUCACCUCGCUGCGCCGGCUGCAGCGGCGCGUGGAGGAGCAGCGGCGGCUGUACGAGAGCGGCGCGUUUGACGAGACAGUGAGGACUCUGCCGCGGUGGCAGCUGCAGGACAUGGUGCCCAGCGAGCAGCUGCGGCAGGGCGCAUACAAGAUGCAGCUGAGGCAGAGGGAGGAAGCGGAGCUGGAGUUGGACCGCAUUGGCCAUGGCAACGUGUUCAGCCCGCGCCCCGUGCUCAGCAAGCUGCUGGGCGGGCGGCGAGACUUUGGCUGGGGCAUCUAUGCACGGACGGCAAACGCAGAGCAACUGCUGGCUGGCGAUUGGGCGGGACGCGACCCGCAAGAAGCAGCCUCUGACGGCCGCCUCUACCUGGACGUCGUGCGCAAUUGCCAUAACCUGGAGCUGACACUCGUGGCGCUCACCAGUCGCCCGCUGCCGCUGGCGCCCAUGCGGCAGCAGCUGGCAGCCAAGCUGAAGCGCAGCAUGCAGUCGCUGGCGGGCAGCCAAGAAUUGCAGCCGCAGCACAAGGCGGAUCUUCACGAUUUCAUCAGCAUGUUUGAUGACACGCGCGUGGCGCCAGCUGGGUGGAUGGACAAGAGCGGGUGCGUGAAGGAGGGGACCCAUUUCAUGUUUAGCACUACCCCAGAGGCUCACCUGCUGGUGGAAGCCAUUACGCCGGGCCGUUUACGAGACCGCCGAACAAGCCGCAUCGGCGUCAACCGGAGCCCGCUGGUGACAGGCGCAAUCUUUGACAUGUUCCUGGGCGAAGAGCCGCUGGAUGACUAUGGCAAGAAGGAUGUGGGACACGGCAUGCUGUGGGCGGCCAACGGCUUCAGGUUCCGGCCGUGGGAGAUGCGCCCUGGGCAGUACAUUGCAGAGGAGGGCCCCGACGGCCAGAUCACCUUUCCGCAGCCCGAGGCCAUGGAAUCGGUCGGCCUGCCCCUCAGGCCCAGCGUGUUCCAGAUGCUGGAUGAGCAGACCAAGCCGCUGCGGCGCAUGCUGCUUGGAGGCAUCAGGCGAGCCCGUCGGCAGAUGGAGCUGGUGCCAGCAGGGGCGUCUGCAUGAGACUUGAAUGGUGCAUCCUAUUGGUCUCUGUAGUGUAACAGUGCAGAAGAU